GACUCGCCUCUGGGGUGGAUCUCCGGUGGGGUCUCCGGCCUCCAGAAUAGAGGGCGGGUCCGGCCCGGGAGAUUCAUUGACUCCAUCCACCCCCGGCCUCUUCACCCCGGUUGUGAGGACCGGGGAACCCCCAGGCCGGCGGGGACUGAGCUCUUUGGUUCGAGUCCGCAUCUUCACUUUGUGUCAAACCUUGCGGGGGCCGGAAAAGAAGGGAUUCGGGUGGAGACACUCGGCCCCGGCCCCUUGACCGGCUGGGGGGACCCCGGAACCCCAUCGAGGAGGCAGGUCACUUCCUGCUUCCUGGUCCCCGCGGUGUCUUCGUGGCCAGGAGUUGCAGGGACACCUCCUCUUUCACCUUUUCCCGAAGGGUGGAAACUGAGGCAUCAGAUGGGGAUGGAAGAGGGAGGAUUGCUGUUCGUGAUAAAACCCAACUCGUUUGGGUUUGGAGAAAGAGGACUGGGGAGGUUAGCUGGAGUUGUCCCCUGGUUGGCAACCCAGCCCAUCUGACUAAAGCCGAACCUUGGUGGGGAGCCCUGCCCCUCCGUAACCCGAGAGAUCUUAGGCUGUGGUUCCGAAUAGUCGUGGUGAAGGGAGCUGAGACCCCGGGACGGAGAAGUGGAGUUGAGAUGUACGGUACUCACAUAAAGUUUCGUUUACUUUGUAUAACACUUAAAAGUAAUUGCCAAACUUUUUUUUUUUUAAGAUUGUUUCAGAAGUUUUCUAACUGUAUAUUCUUGGGAUGAGGUGUUCGCCUAUUUUGAAGAGAAGCGCUUUGUUAUAUAGGUGCAAGGAAGAAAACUGAAGUCAAGAACCAUGGGAGAUGCAGCAAAACCUUAUUUUGUGAAGCGUAAAGACCGAGGGACUGUUGAUGAUGAGGAUUUCAGAAGAGGUCACCCCCAACAAGAUUAUCUAAUAAUGGAUGAUUGUGCUAAAGGCUAUGGCAAUAAAAUGGAAAAAGGCCUUCCAAAAAAAAAAAUACCAGGGAACUAUGGGAAUACCCCCAGGAAAGGACCAUAUGCUGUUUCCAACAAUCCAUAUGCAUUUAAAAACCCAAUUUACAGUCAACCCGUUUGGAUAAAUGACAGCCACAAAGAUCAGAAUAAGAGAUGGCUAUCUGAUGAACUUGCUGGUAAUUCAGACAGUUGGAGAGAAUUCAAACCUGGACCUAGAUUUCCUGUUACAAACCGACCAAGAAAAGACUCCUUUCAAGACAGUGAAGAUGGAUAUAGGUGGCAAGAUGGUCGAGGCUGCAGAACUGUAAGAAGACUGUUCAAUAAAGACCUGACAAGCCUAGAAACCACAUCAGAGAUGGAAGCAGGAAGCCCUGAAAACAAGAAGCAGAGGUCCAGACCUAGGAAGCCACGUAGAAUUAGAAAUGAAAAUGAACAGGAUGGAGAUUUGGAGGGUCCUGUGAUCGAUGAAUCUGUGCUCUCAACCAAGGAGCUGCUGGGCUUACAGCAGGCCGAGGAGCGAUUGAAACGAGACUGCAUUGACAGGCUAAAAAGGCGACCAAGAAAUUAUCCCACAGCAAAGUACACCUGCAAACUUUGUGAUGUUUUAAUUGAAUCCAUUGCAUUUGCUCAUAAGCAUAUCAAAGAGAAGAGACACAAAAAAAACAUUAAGGAGAAGCAGGAGGAAGAAUUGCUUACUACGUUACCCCCGCCUACACCCUCCCAGAUAUAUGCAAUUGGUAUUGCCAUUGACAGAGUGGUACAGGAGUUUGGCUUACUCAAUGAGGACUUGGAACAGAGACUAGAAAUUAAACAGAUCAUGGAAAAUGUGUUCCAACACAAGUUACCAGCUUGUUCUCUGAGAUUAUAUGGGUCAUCCUGUAGCCGACUGGGCUUCAAAAAUUCAGAUGUAAACAUUGACAUUCAAUUUCCAGCCAUUAUGUCUCAGCCAGAUGUUCUCUUACUUGUUCAAGAAUGUUUAAAGAACAGUGAGUCUUUUAUUGAUGUUGAUGCAGAUUUCCACGCUAGGGUGCCGGUGGUGGUGUGUAGAGAAAAGCAAAGUGGUCUUCUUUGUAAAGUGAGCGCAGGAAAUGAAAAUGCUUGUCUGACAACAGGUCAUUUAACUGCCCUGGGCAAACUCGAAUCAAAGCUAGUUCCUUUGGUGAUUGCAUUUAGGUACUGGGCAAAGCUGUGCAGUAUAGAUCGCCCUGAAGAAGGAGGUUUGCCGCCUUAUGUGUUUGCCCUGAUGGCCAUUUUCUUUCUUCAACAGAGAAAAGAACCCCUUUUGCCUGUUUAUCUAGGAUCAUGGAUUGAAGGAUUCUCAUUAAACAAACUAGGGAACUUCAACCUCAAAGACAUUCAGAAAGACGCUGUGGUCUGGGAGUAUACUGAGAGUGCCGCAGUGGGUGCAAACACGGCAGAGGGAGAGACACCAAAAAAAAUGCCCAUUAGAAGGGGACAGGUAUCAUUAACAUUUGACUUAAAACACCAGCCUGAAGUACCAGUUGGGCAGCUCUGGGUGGAAUUGCUUCGAUUCUAUGCUUUAGAAUUUAAUUUGGCUGAUUUAGUGAUAAGUAUCCGUGUCAAAGAAUUGGUAUCACGUGAAUCAAAGGAUUGGCCCAAGAAGCGCAUUGCCAUUGAAGAUCCCUACUCUGUUAAAAGAAACGUGGCAAGGACUCUAAAUAAUCAACCCGUGUUUGAAUAUAUACUUCACUGUUUAAGGACAACAUAUAAAUACUUUGCUGUUCCACACAAGAUUACAAAAUCCAGCCUUCCAAAGCCUCCAAGUACUGCUACGUGUAUGUCCGAACAUUCUAAAGAAGUAGCAAAGCAUGACCUAGAAGUACGAGUGAAAGAUGAUAAACUCAAAAACUCAGUUUUGGCUCAAAGGCCCAGUGCUGCCAACUCAACUGCAAACACCUGCAGGGUCCAACCACCCUCUCUCAAAGAGACUGCAGAAAGCCUUGGAAGCCCACCAGUGGAAGAAACGGGAAAUGCCCACAUCAGUGUCCACCUGAAAAAUUCAGACAAUAUCAAGACAGGGGUCCAUUGUGUUGAUUAUGAGGACAUUAAAGUACACCAUCAAGAAACAGGAAGCAAAAAUGGGAAAGAAAAAAUAGGAAGGGAGUGCAGGCAUCCUUUGGCUGCUCGUGAUCAAGGUCUAAGCAGUAGCAAACAUGGGGAGCUUGUCAUCUGUGACAGCACACGAAAUAACAAGACAGACAGCACUUUGGAUUUAGAAGGCUUCCAAAAUCCUACAGCUAAAGAGUGUGAUGGAUUUGCUACUUCAGAUGACAAGGCCGAUGUUGAUGUAGAAAGCAUAGAAGGUGCUGAUGAAUUCAAAGAUGCUCUAAGCCUCUCUGCCCCUUCAAGACAGGGCCACACAUCAGGAAUUCUUCACUCUGAUGAAGAGGAGGAGGAGGAGGAGGAAGAGGAAGAGGAGGAGGAAGAACCCAGAUUCACCAUUAUCCAGAGGGAAGAUGAAGAUGGCAUCAGUAAUGAGGAUGAGUUAGAUAACAUCUGCACCGGGUCAGGGGACGAAGAUGCCCUGUCUGAAGAGGAGGAAGAAUUAGGCGUGUCUGCUAUAUAUGAAGACUUGAAAGAAAGUGAAAAACAUGUGGAUGCAGCUCUACUAAUGGAACUUAAUAAAAUCAGUCUUAAAGAAGAAAAUGUAUGUGAGGAAACCUCAGCUGUGGAUCAGUCUGUUUUUUUCUAUGAAUUUAGUAAACUCACCUUCACCAAAGGCAAGUCUCCUAUGGUAGUGUGCAGUUUAUGCAAACGAGAGGGGCAUCUAAAGAAGGACUGCCCCGAAGACUUCAAAAGAAUCCAGCUGGAACCUUUGCCGCCACUGACACCCAAGUUUUCAGAUAUCUUAGAUCAAGUUUGUAUCCAGUGUUACAAGGAUUUUUCACCAACUGUUUUAGAAGAUCAGGCACGUGAACAUAUUCGGCAAAACCUGGAAAGUUUUAUAAGACAGGAGUUUCCAGGAACUAAACUGAGCUUGUUUGGCUCCUCCAAAAAUGGAUUUGGGUUCAAACAGAGUGACCUUGACAUCUGUAUGACAAUAAAUGGACUUGAAACUGCUGAGGGGUUGGACUGUGUCAGAACCAUUGAAGAACUGGCUAGAGUCCUCAAAAAACAUUCAGGUCUGAGAAACAUCUUACCUAUAACAACAGCAAAGGUGCCAAUUGUCAAGUUCUUCCACUUGAGAAGUGGUCUGGAAGUGGACAUCAGUUUGUAUAACACAUUGGCUCUUCAUAACACAAGACUCUUAUCUGCUUAUUCAGCCAUUGAUCCCAGAGUGAAAUACUUGUGCUACACCAUGAAAGUAUUUACAAAGAUGUGUGAUAUUGGCGAUGCAUCCAGAGGCAGUUUAUCAUCAUAUGCAUACACGCUCAUGGUGCUCUAUUUCCUCCAGCAAAGGAACCCGCCAGUCAUUCCUGUCCUUCAAGAGAUAUACAAAGGUGAAAAGAAACCUGAAAUAUUUGUUGAUGGCUGGAAUAUUUAUUUUUUUGAUCAAAUAGAUGAACUGCCCACCUAUUGGCCAGAAUAUGGAAAAAAUACAGAAUCUGUUGGGCAGCUAUGGCUGGGAUUGCUUCGUUUCUACACAGAGGAAUUUGAUUUCAAAGAGCAUGUUAUUAGCAUCAGAAGAAAAAGUCUGCUUACAACUUUUAAGAAGCAGUGGACCUCCAAAUACAUUGUUAUUGAAGAUCCCUUUGAUUUGAAUCACAAUCUUGGAGCUGGAUUAUCAAGGAAAAUGACAAAUUUUAUAAUGAAGGCUUUUAUUAAUGGAAGAAGAGUAUUUGGUAUUCCAGUCAAAGGAUUUCCAAAGGACUACCCAUCAAAAAUGGAAUACUUUUUUGAUCCGGACGUACUAACUGAAGGAGAGCUAGCCCCGAAUGAUAGAUGUUGCCGAAUUUGUGGGAAAAUUGGACACUUCAUGAAGGACUGUCCUAUGAGGAGAAAAGUGAGACGACGGCGAGAUCAGGAAGAUAACCUGAACCAAAGAUAUCCUGAGAACAAAGAGAAAAGAAACAGAGAGGACAAAGAAAUUCAAAACAAGUCCACAGAAAGGGAUGUACCAACAAAAGAAGAGAAACCCAUGCAAUGCACACCUCAGAAAGCCAAGCCAGUGAGGGCAGCUGUUGACCUGGGGAGAGAGAAGAUUCUCAGACCACCAGUGGAAAAAUGGAAGAGACAGGAUGACAAAGACUUGAGAGAAAAGCGUUGUUUUAUUUGUGGAAGAGAAGGGCACAUCAAAAAGGAAUGCCCACAGUUUAAAGGCUUUCCAGGUAUGUCUAAAUCAGAUUGUGUGUUUGGCGCCCCUUCUCCACCUAGCCCUUUGAGACCGGCUGGCACAUUUGUUCAGGCAGUGCUUUUACAUGAAGACAAAAAGAAACAAAAAACAACUGUAUUUUUGAGUCCCCAGUCAGAUUGGAGAGAUACCCAUGUGAGUUACAGAGUAUGAAAAGACUAAGUCGUCUCUGCCUUUGGGUGUCAGCUAUUGAGGUGUCACUUUCAGACCUUCAGCAGCCUCCUAAAUCCCACAGUAGGGGGGCUCUUCCCUGCCUGCAUCAGCCCAAUCUGACAUAACUAGGACAUGCUGCUCUUUCCCUGGGAGAGCUAAGAAGGCUACAGGCAAAGAAUAUCGGGUGUCUCUACUUUGAAUGUUAUUAACAAGAGAAAAAUAAACACAAUUUUCAACUUAUUUAACUACUUCCAAUUCUGUUGGCAACAAAAUGAAUUAUCUCAAGUAUAUGAAACAUUCUAAAUAGAAAUUGGCAUUUUUUCUUUUGAUAUGUGAAUUUUAUGGUUGGUUAUUUUUUUAAAUGGUAGGGGGAAACAUUUGCAGUGGCAUCAAAUCUCUUUACAAUCAAAAGGCAUGGGGAUUGAGGUUGCUAUGCAGAGUGAGGUUGGAUGAUUCAAAGAGAAAGAAACAGAAGUCUUUAGUUACUACACUUACCAAAGAAGAAUGGUGUACAUAAGGGUACAGACGCAGGAGGUGCUCUGAGAAAACAGGACAGCUGUUUCCUGGGAAGAUUUGUAAUUGUUCUCAGUGGAAUGCAUGGACUUAAAAAUAAGCAAGUUUUCUGGGAAAAACCCCAGAAUCAAAUAGAAGGGAAAUGAGAAUGGGACCUGUGGUGAGACAAUUUUGAUAACAGUGAGAGCAACCUGGACAGGUGGAUAAGGAGAUUGACAGUCCGCCUCUGGAAGCCACGUCAGCAGAUGAAAGUAAAUGGGAAAUGGGCUCCACUUUCCCAAAUAUGGUUUAUAGGAUGGUUUCCCAUAGAUCCUCUGAGAGUUUGAGGAUCACAUAGUUAAUACAUGUAAAUAAGCCAAAGAGUACUGUUUUCUGAGCUUCAGCCUGGAACAGAUAUUCCCAGAACAUUUCACAUAGGAAGUGCACUGACCCUUGUGUAGUUGAGAUGUUUGCUUUGCCAAGGAUGAGGUAGUUAAGAACAUCAGCUCUGCAGUUAGAUUACACAGUAUGAUUUUUAGCUUUGUGAUCUUGAAAAACCUACUCAGCCUCCACUUGCCUCAGUUUCCUCAUCUGUUACAAGGGGAUAAUAAUAAUAAUAAACAUGAGAUGUCGAGAAAUCCAUGUGAAAGCACUUAGACCAGCACAGGCACAUAACAAGAGCAAAGCAGAGGUUUAGGGGGUUGGUGAUUGCAUAGAUAUUCCUGCAGAACAUCCAUCAGCAUUGCUCCAGCUAAAGGGUUUACAUAUCUUGAAAGUAGAAUUUAGUAUGAUUUUAUAAGUUUCUUUUUUUAAGUUGGGAGGAAUACAGAUGAAUAUACCUAUGUUUAGGUGUUAGAAAUGGCAUUACCGAUUAACAGUAAGUUAGGAUCUCUGUACUUAUCUUCUGAGUAAAAGACUUAACAUAUUUAUAAAUCUUUGAGCAACUAUAAAACUUAAAACCUAAAUUUACUACAGAAAAAAUUACUACAAUAAAUAUGUCUUCUUUAUACCAGAAGAAAAGAAAAUAUCUGAGUUGCUAAAAUCUUAAUUAACUCUUCAAGUAAGUAUAUGACAACUGUUAAGGCUGUCAAAUAUAAUUAUCCAUUAUAAAUUUCCAAAUUGUCUACAUAAUUAUAAAUGUGAAAUAUGUCUCAGCUGUAAGUAGUAUUAAAUUUCCCUGGGGCUCUUCUUUCCCAUAAUAUUCAAUAUGCCUGUGACACACAGGUAGGGUCCUGACCAGAGCCCAUUGGUACAGACAACUCCUGCUUUCGCACGUUAGCUAUACUAACUAACCUUAGGCAAGAGACAGGCUUCUCUGAGCUCCAGGUGUCUCAUCUGGAAAAGUGGCGAUAACACUGUUAGUCUCAUCAGGAACUGAGAAGAUUAAAGCACCCAGCCUAUAGUCAUCACUCAGCCAAGUUCUCUUACCUUUCCUGAUAACUCUCCUCCACUCCUUCCCACUAGGAUGCACAUAUUAAGUCUUAACUCCCAAACAGGGUAGUGGUGAAUAGAACAUUCCAUGAAUUUCCUUGUUCUUCAUUGUUACUUCCCUUCCCCACAUAACACAUGGCUAACACAAUGCUUUAGAUGUUCAGUAAGUUUCAUUGAUUAGAGAUUUACUCAUUUUGAAGGAAUUAAGUGGGAAAAUGGUCAAGAACAUGAGUUUUGAAGUCAGACAAAUUUGAGUCUGAAGUGCAGCUGAACCACUUGCUUGCUGUGUCAUUUCUGUCAAGUUAUCAAACCUCUUUGUACCUCCGUUUCCUUAUCAAUAAAUGGGGCUGACACCUCACAGAGCAUUUGUAAGAAUUAAUUUAAUAAACACAAAGUCAUUAACACAGCAUCUGGCACAUGUUACUACUCAGUAGAUUAUCGCUAAUAUGUUGAUAGAACAUCUCCAACUUUGCUGUAUUUUAUCUCUUCUAAUGUAUAGGACAAAUAUAUGAUGGAAAUUUUUAGAAAACAGUGUGUGGAGAUUGCAGAACUAUAGUCAAACUGAUUUUUUAUGCAUAAGUUAAUUACUCUGGUUUACAUAUAACAACUUUCUCAGUAUGAGAAUCUCAAGAAACUAAUGUUCUAUUCCAUCAUCUCCCCCCUUUUUUGCAAAGAAAAUUACACUUGAAAAAAAAACUACCUCUCUCUUCAUUUAUUCUGUUUUAAUCUCAUGAUUUGAAAUUGUAAAAUUGGAGGUAUUAUAAGAGACCAGUGGGUAUCUUUCUCUUCCUCAUUAUGAUGUAUACUAUUAGAACUUUUUUCCUUGAUGAUAAUUUGAAAGACACCUUAUUUUUAUAAAAAGGGUCUUCAUGAUAGUAAAAGUUUUUAAAAUAAUAGAAGUACUUCUUUAAACAGUAUGGAGAAAUCUUAUUAUCAGUGAAUAUAGAUCAUUUCUUAUACCCUUCUUAAUGAUUCCAGUAUAUGAAUAAACUAUUACUCAGUUAUUUAAUUGGCUAGCUAUUUUUAAAUGUUUGGUAUAUCAAUGUCUUCAAAACUUUUUUGCCUUUCACACUCUUCCCCAAAAUGUUGAAAGCCCAUAUAUAUCUCCUAUAAUAUUCAAGAUGACAUCUAAGUUUUUAUCAUAGUUCCAAAGCAUGUAAUUUCUUUGUAAAUUUUUUUUGGUAAAUAUAGAUGUUUCAAAAUGAAAACUUUAAAUCACCCUUAUAUUGUAUCAAGUGAAAUAAAUAUAAUUGCCUUUUCAUACCUACCAUCAUCCAUUUACAGCUCUUCUUUAGCAGGGAGAGAUUUUACAUCAUUUCCCUUUCUCCUUGGAUUCCUUUGUUUUACUUUCACAAAACUUUUUCUUAAGAUACAUUUUUAUCAUAUACAUUUCAAGCAUUUUAUCAGCCUAUCAAGCUUAUGUGCAACAAAAAUAUACAAAUAGGAUUUUUAAAUUUUUUAUUGUCUCAGUGAAAAUUUUUCUUCUAAAUUCAGUUUUUACAAUUAUUAGAAUAUAUAAUUGAUAAAUAUCACAAAUUUUGAUUAAAAAUUACUUUUAUGUUUACUUAUGAAAAAUAACUGCCACUUAAUGAGAUUGAUGGAAUUUUUCACCAUGCAUCAUUUAUCUUUGCAUCAGUAUGACUUAUCGCAGAAGUAAAAGUGUUCCUUACUGUUCCUAUUAAUCUUUUUUGUUUUUAUAGUUGGUAAACAUUGACAAACCUCAGUAGUCUUUAUGAUAGCAAAUUAAAAAUAAUGGAAAUAAUUCCAAGAGUUUGGGAAUGGAAAAUGUAUUGCAACAGUGCCACUGAGUUAUUUUCAUUCCUUUUUAAUGAAAUGACCAAAAAUCACAUAAUUAUGUAUGAGCAGGAAUUAUUUAUGAUGAUCAUCAUCUACCAGUGUAAUUUAACAAAAGCUAAAAAUUUGGGUGUUUAUUAGGGGCAUUCAUGUUUACCACAGAUAUCAGCAUUGUUUGCCUCCUGCCUCCCCAGGUGUUUUCACCCCAGGGCUACCACAUUAGGGUUUGAAUGAUUAGGACAUAUGCCCCUCUUUUAUAAAGUAGGGAAAGAAGAGUUGUGAAAGGCACUUGGGAAGGAAAAGUGGUGUAAUUCCUGGAACCAGCCCACAGCCUUAACCACAGUGGAGAAGGAGAUAGAAGUGGAGAUGCUACAGUUGACUCUUAAACUCACUGCCCACUUGUCCUGUUAAGUUGGUCAGGAAUACAGUUAUCCAAGUUUGAAGACCACUGUUAUAUAUAUCACACAUUAUGAUGAAUAUUUGCAUCCGUACCUAGUAAUUUCCUCAGGAUAAAUUCCUAGUUGGAAGAAUGAUGGAUUCAAAGGUAUGCACAUUUUGACAUUGAUGGCAGUGAUGUUAAAAUGUGAUUGUUGACAACCCCAAAGUCAUAUUUUCAAUCUGUUUCCCUUUCUCUCAUUUAACUGGGAUAGUCUGUUUUGCUAAUCUGCUUAAAUUUCUAUUAUUGUCAUUGAAUACUAAUAUUUUUCACAUUUUCCUUUGUAUUUCUUCAUGUUCAUGUUUUUGUGUUUUUGUAUUAGUGUAUUCAUCUUUUGUUUUUAGCUCUUCCUACAUAGAAAUACAUUAGUGCUUUGUAACAUGCUACAACAUCCUUCACCAUCACCAGUGCAGUUUAUUAUUCUUUCAGGCUCAUUUAUGGUUUGUUUUGCUAACAGACAUUUGGUUGCUUGUUUGUUUUAGUAGUCUGAUUUGGCUGACUUUUGGGUAGUUUCAAGUCAUACUUACACAAUUUUAGGAAUUCAGUGUUCUUUCCACCCCCACGUUCAUUCAUAUUUUAUUUCUAGUAUUUUUGUUUUUUAUGUGGAAAUUUUGUAUACGAAAUUUCUUCAGGUAAGAUGAGAUAUAUUUUUUAUAUAGGGGAUUACAUUUAAGUGAUAAAGUAAUAAAACUAUUAGUACUAUUCUGAGAAAAGAAUGGUCUCUUAACAUUUUGGGAAAAAUAUAGAAUGGUACAAAUAUAAUAACCCAUGUACUAGAGAAUUGGCACUUUUUUUUCACAUUUUCUUUUCAAUC